UGCCAGAAGAGACUUCAAACUUGUGCCUGCCUUGUCUGAAGCAAUCCUGCCCAAGGGUUGGCUUCCGCAGCUGGAUUGCACAUUUGCCCAAUUUUCAGGCUUUCUGAAGAUGUUCUUGCAGAGUGCUGUGGGGGUAACUUUCUACACAUCAGUUAAUGCAGAAUAAGAUUGUUUUCCCUACAUGGGAUCCUCUUUUUCAGAGCUGUAAAAAUAUCAGGAGGGUGGAAAUGUCUUGCAAGGACUUCCAGGAGAGCAGAUUGAGGCUGUUGGACUCCCUUAAUGGUCAGCGCUGGAUAUUCCUGAAAAAAGGCCUAGAUGACUUCAGAAAUGGCUUUCCCCCUUCAUGUGAUAACAUGAUUGUGUAUGGCAGGAAGCAGCCUGCCUCAGUUACCCUUCAAAACAGCACACUGAAGUCUUUGCCUGCAGCUUCAACCAAGGAAAGGAACAAGUGUGGAAAAGUGCAGGUCUGCCUAUCGAAGCUCAGCCCACUGCAGCAAGCCAGGAGAGAGUAUGUUGCACAGAUAGAGCGCUGUCUGAAUGAGCGUUCCAGAAGGUUCUGCCCAUGCUUGGGAAAAAACAUUUCCCCAAAGGGAGAAGGGAACUGCAAUGUUGAUGAAGAUACCCCUAAGGGCUUGCUCAACACCAGCUGUGAAAGGGGGGCCACUGUCCCUUUGCCUUCCUAUGCUGUGAAAUACAACAAUGUGGAAACAGAGCAGCUAAAGAGUCAGGAGAUCUCGCUUCCCCCAUUAGCUGUUGGGAGUUAUCACCUCGGGAGCCUGCCCUGCCAGGAUAAGGUCCCUUCCCAAACAAAAAGAGGUAAGAUCAAAUAUGGAGCAUGGUAUCUUGAUCCUGAAAUGUGGAGAAAACGGAAGGCAAACGGACCUUUAAAAGUUCCAGAAGCGGCAGUCAGUAGCUUUGGGAAUGCACAGAACUGGUCUGAAAAGGAGAUGAAAAUUGCACAGCUCCACAUCACACAGGCCUUUAAAGAAUUCCUGGAAAGAAAGGGCUACAGAGAUCCUCAGUUCCUUCCAAAAAUGCCAGCUGGGGGAAAUGAUUGCAGAGUUCCAGAGGAGACACCCAGAGCUUGCAGGGAAGUGUCUAAAGAAAUAGGACAAAAUAAGAGAAGGUUCCGUCAUGCCCAUGAAUUAAGGCAGAUUUCUAAACUUCAUUAAAACUACUAGAAGCUGGUAGCUGAACUGCUCCUAAAAUAAUAUUCUUCCACUAGAAUAACUUAGAGGUAGUUUUAAGUUACUUGUGAAAUGGCUGGUUAGUUUGAAGAUUGGAUUUGGACUCCCACAUCCCAGGCACAAACCACUUGACUAGCUUAGCAGUGCUUGGCCUUGGCUAGAAGGCGUGAUGAUGUCUGGUGCUAAAACGUACUGGCUUAGUCAAAGACCCUGGUCCACAAACAACUUGUUGCUUUUGAGGCAUCCAUAUCAUGAUUCCUGCUUUACAGAAUAGAAAUAAGUGAUCAUUGAAUUCUCUAAGGCAUAACUGGCUGAAAUCCAUAUACCUGUGGGGGAAAAAAAAUGAAGCCUUCCACCUGACAGUGUACAAAGCAGAAAGACCUCACCAUGGACAAGCACUGCCCUGACAAAAGCAGACUUAAUACAAUAAGGCCACUAAUAAUCAUUGCCUGUUAUGUAUUACUAUACCACAACCACCUAAUAAAGGCAGCUGAAGCCUUUACUGUGCAGGAACAGGGCUGCCCUUUGGCUCAUUGCUGAGUUAAACUGCAGCUUUGUAUGGUUGGUUAUGCUUUCUUGGCUGAAUUCCUUCCUGUAAAGCAAUGGCUUUGAGCACAAGGAUUUGUUUUGCUCAGCGUUGAUAUGUGCUAUAAUUUCUACUGCUCAUUAGACUUUUUGGACAAACUGGAGAUGGUAUUAUGAGAACAAGUUCCUAUGCUUUAAAAGACUUCUAUAAAACCUGGUAAGAAGUUCCUAUAACUUGUUUUGCCUAAGCAACAGGACAGUAUUCAUACAAGGAGGACAGACCUGGGAAGGAUGAAGUCUAGAAGUAGUUGGUGAGGAGAUAAGAUAGAAACAUAUUCCUACAAGUCUGAGAGAAAAUGAAUUUAGCUUAAAUGCACGGAGAUGAACUCUUAAAGAAACAUCAAAUGCAGAUAAAGAACCAGCCUCAUCUGUGAAGCAAAGAUGGAGCCGGUGGGAAACUGUUGCAAGCCCAUGUGGGAAGCUUUGUCCCAGCAUGGUCACUUGGAGAAGGAAACAGUGGAGUUGAGGCCAAGGGAGGCUUCUUACCUUCAGCAUCAGGAUUCGCCUCAAGAUCCUGCUUUGAAGCAGUGGCCAUGGCAUCUGACAAACAGGAUCUUUCAAAGCAGGGUAUGGUUGUGUUGGCACAUCUACGAGAACUCCCAGCAAGAGGAUUUUCUCUCAUCAGUCGAUACCUCUUCCACUGGCUAGAAGGUCGCAGACUCUCCCCACUGUGCUCUAAGCGAUAGGUAGACCUCAUCUUCUUCUGUUCUACUGUCCUGGUCUUUCAGGCGAAGCAUUUUUAUACCACUCGGAAAUCAACUUAGACGAGCAGCUCAUCAGUGGGGAGAUCCCCACCGCAGCCACAGGAGAUGAUCGACUGGCUGGGCAGUGCUAACCAGGCACCACCGGACCCCAGCUAUGACAUGUUCCCAUUGUAAGUUGAGAGGAGGGUAUGUGCCCCUCACACGUCCUGGCAAUGCUCAGGGGAGGGUGCGUGCACAGGGUGUCCUUCCCUGCUCGGUGUACAGUGUGCUUGUCUGUGAUGGCCCUGGGAAGGGGUAAACAGUGAACCUGGACACUGCUGCUGGAGAGAGGGAAACAUGCAGGGAUUUGCCAUGAAAUGGUAAGAAACCCCUGUUGCGAGCCUUAAGCUGUGCUUGGUGGCUGAAGUGCUGCUUUGACCUUAACUGAGGGGGUUACCCAAUUCCUCUCUCGCACAUCAGGACUGUUCUAGGAGCCCAAACCCUAGUUGGGAUCUGGCCUCUAAAUAAAGGUCUCUGACCUCCCCCGUGUAGCAGCUGUGUCACUUUUCAUUGCAUGGUAUGUUGUCUUCCAGGUCCCCAAGGGAACAAAUGCCGAAAAGCACCACAGCAAGAAGGCAGUCGGGUGACCCGGCAGGGAAAGGUAAGUGGCCCUUACAGUGGCUGUGGCUUGCUCAGAGAACUCCAGUCCUGAGUUUCUGGUGUUCUCUUAACACUGAAUUGCAGUUGGACAGCUGAGUAUCUUAUUCGGAGAGUAACCAUCUUUUGGCUACAUCUCCUGUAGUUUAAGCAUGUUAUUCAAUAUGAAACUCGGUCAAAAUGGGGUAGAAUAGCACAUGGGUCACCCAGAGGCCUCUUCAGUGUUCCUGGUGCUGGGUGAUACCUACUUGCUGUGCAAGCAGAUGGAUUUGAAAUAGCUUGUUCGCUAGCUGGUUUUCCCCAGAGCCUCUAGUCUCUUCACCCAUAAUGAGCCAGCCUUGGGUUUUACAUACGCACAGUCAUACCUCUCCAAAGUGGUUGCUUUUGCAUCCCUCUAUUUCUAAAGGCUGCUAAAAUGAAGUUCAGUGCCAUUGCUGUGUGGCACUGCUGCUCCCACUGUGUUCAGCCUGCUUAGAGGCACCAAACAGAGUCAUUUUUGUGUAAGAUGGGGGACAGUUUGUAGUGACCUCUGAUGGACCUCAGUGCUGGGAACUUACCUACUCUGUUUGUGCCUUGGAGAGAAAGAAGGAACAGGCUACGAAACAUCAUGCCUGUUGUCUCUGUGGAGGAUUUCAGUGUCACUGUGACUUACAAGCUUUGGUCCUAACAGGUGGAUUCCUUUUGAGUUAAAGCAUGGAUCAGUGAGGAAGCAGAUGCACCAUGCAAGCUCAUGUCUCCUUUUUUUAUUUCCAGGUCUAAAGCUGCUGGAUUUCAUGACCAACAGACCCUGCUGCUAGAGGGUGAAAGGGUUAGCGCUCAAAGCCUGUGGCAGCAACAGCAGAGCUGGGAUGGAGGAACAGCAUGUGGACUCCCAAAGUUGGACUGUAAGUUUGCAGAUUGUUGGCUGCUAUUGGCAGCAGCUUAGCUGUCACACAAAGCUGUGUGCAAGACCAAACAAGGAUGGUACUGACUGGCAGACCCCAAAGUGUCUAGUCCAUAAAAUGUAAUGUAAAUAGUAUUACAUGUUUUCUGCCUAAGACUGCUUAGAGCUUCCUUCCUGUCCCUACAAUGUGCUGUUCUUGUCUGCUUCCAUUCUACUCCGUUCUUUUCUGAGAUCCUUAGAGUCCUCUUAGAGUAACUGUGAAAAAGGCACUGAAACCACGUAAAAGGAUGGCUCAGAGACCAUACAAAUCACCUGCUGGUUACAAAUGCUCUUUCUGUGACAACUAGCAGCAGAAUGCCUACUGAAGAUGAUUUGCUGUGGGGUUUCUUGAUCAAAAAGGAAAUUGCUGCACUCGCCUGCUUUGGGCAGUGGAGAAAGCCACUCGAGCAUGUGGGAGAUGGUGUUCUUUCUACUGCUCUCACUGUUUUCUUCAUCCCUCUACAGCACGUCCCACUGUAGCAUGUGCCCAUGAAGCUCUUUAGAGCAGGGCUGGGUUUUUUGUCUCUGUAGAGCACAACUGGCCAGCUGUACAAACACCCCUGCAAAACAUGCCUGCGGUGCAAGCCCAGUCAUACUGCAGCAUGCCCCACCAAGGCCAAAACACACAUUCCUAUCUGACACAUGGAGAUGGGUAUUAUUUGGAGUUAUGUUGCUCGUCUCUUUAUACCCCUUAUUCUAAUCUCUCUUGCUCUGCACAUGUCCUCUCUGCCAGCUCAUCCCUCAACAUGAACGCUUCCCUCAGAAGCUCACUAGGAAAGCCUCUGUGGUCUCUCCCAGCUUGAGCCUUGGUCUUUCUUUUUCCCUGUAGGCAGUCUCUGGCUUGUCUUUCACACAGAUCUUCGUCUGAUAUGUCACUGUGUUCUGUGUAAUGCUAUGUGCAAUUCUAAGCCCUUAAUCCAAAGAGCCAAAGCCAAUAUACUAUUCAGAUCCUAUUGGGUUUGGGCGUUGUCCCAAAACCUUUGGGAGCAGGUUUUAAUUAAUCCUGUAAAACUACAUUAAUGUAUUCUUCUAUGAAUGUGCAGAAUAUGGGUGUUGAUUGUAUUCUAAAAAUAUUGUCCUGGUUUACUUCCUGGUGUAAUGCUCUUGGCUGCAGUAGGUCAUAGGUCAUAGAGCAGGAUCAUAGAAUCACCAGGUUGGAAAAGACCUCUUGGAUCAUCAAGUCCAGGCAUUCCUAUCAACCACUAAACCAUAUCCCUGAGCUCCUGAUCUAUCUGUCUCUUAAAUACCUCAAGGGAUGGUGACCACAGUAACCACAGAACUUAUGGGUACUCCAUGUUUUUUUUUUUAAAUUAAAAUUAUAGAGCUUGCAUGAAAGGAGACAGUUUUAUCAGCGAUAUUUCAUGUAUCACCCAGUGAAGUUCCUUGGGAGAAAACACGGUUAAAUACAGAUUUCCUAAUGCCAUUCCAGUAUUUGGGCUUUUUCUAGUGCAAGAUGGAGUGCCAUGCAGUGUUCCCUCCUCACCAACACUGGUGUGGAGACUUUGACAAAACUGCUUAUCCUCCAGUACUGGUUCAUCCUGUAAUACAUGGUGAAGCCCAACAGAAUCCAGUCCCAGACCAGUGAAGAAGCAAAUGAGCUCUAAAAUAGCUGUUUAAACUCUCCUGCAGGUGCAAGCUGUUUCAAUAAGUUAGGAAGUGGCUCAAUUAACCCAAAAACACAUUCGUUUCAACAUAAGUAGUAAAACCAGCACUCUGGUAGGUGUGUGCAACUCAAAUUUGACUUCCCCUCUAAGCUGCCACUGUGCAUGCAUGAAUGGGGAAAACCAGAUUGGGCUCUGUGCUGAACAGACACAGAAUCUCUCUGUUUUGUGCCUUUUCAGCAGCUGGAUUACACAGCUGGUCACUUUUCACAGGAAGCAGCACUUGCCAAGAGCCUGCUUUGUUAGGCAACAAAAUGCCCUUUCCCAGAAGCUGGAGGAAAAUACAGGAUGUUGUUGGGCUGGUUAUCCUUCAGCACAGAUUUAAUCAGGUGGACCACAUCCACCACAUGGAUGAGGAUGUUUUUAGAUGGGUAUAGAGAUGGGCAAUUAGGAAGGCCAGUAGCUAUCCCCUGUUCAUGGCACCAAGGAGUGUGCCGGAUGAUGGGCUCAUCCCAGUCUAAACUGAGUCUGCAAGAAAUUCAGUUGAGUUGCAGGAUAAACUACAGUUUAAUCAGAAAUAAGUUGGCUGAAACCACAUGAUGAGAUUACCGGGAGGAUUUAAAAGCCUUCAGAUCUAGCAGGCAAGGGUACUGCAAGCUUCCUAGCACUGCAGAAAAGCAACCAUGCACAUUUGUGGUUUGCUGCCUCAGAAACCCAAUGAAAACCAGCUAAUCGUGAAGUCUUAAAUUUGCAGCUACACAUCAAUU